GUUGAUUCAUUUUGCUUUCAUUCAAUAAAAAACAUUUCUUCUCGUUGCGUCUCGAACUUUAUAGAAAUAUAAAUAUAAAUUGUUUGUGUACUUUAGUCAAACAAUGUGCUACUUCUAAAUUCUAAUUAAGAAAAAAUAAAAAGCUCCAAGCAAAAUUUAACCAUAGCAGAAAGUUCUGCUCUGCUUUGUUCCGAACUAAAUUUCAUAAGUGACCAUAAAAAUAAAAAAAACAUACAAAAUAUACUUGGAUGUUAAUUUUACACAAACUGACCUAGUUAAUAUUUGCAAAAAUAGAAACAAUCAAAUAGCAGAGAUCUGUUCCACAUCUAAAAAUAUAUUUUUUAGGAGCAAUUUGGAUUUCAGACUUGUGGAAAAAGUCUCACUUACAUUAACAUUAGUAGUGAAGUGGUGCAUCACCUCAAAGUCACAACUCUCAGACAGUGAGCGACUCCAUUGCCAGGUUCUUUGUGUCUUUAAAGACAAAGCAAAGCUCAAUUGUUUCCUGAAGUCCUCUUUUCUUUCACCAGCAACGACGACGCAAUAAUGCCAGCUGAUUCAGUUUCAAGAAUGGAUUCCAAUAGUUCGACCAAUGAAGGAAAGAACAUGGAACAUAUUUUAAGUUCUUCUCCUGUUGCUACAAGCAUGAGACUAAGGACAGAUAGUGAAGGAUCUGAUCAAGCACGCUUCAUACUUCCAAGCACCGAUGGAAGCCCUCCAAAAGUAGUGACCCUUAAUGAAUUAACUCAUGUUGUUAACAAUAUUGAAAAUAUGUCUUUGGUUCAUGAAAUCGCAGUGAAUCCUGAAUUCAAGUUUGAACCUUAUGAAGCUCCAGAAAACAGCUUGGAACGUCGUAUUAAGGAAGUAAUGCACAAAGUAUUUUGGGAUAUUUUACGCGAACAACUAAAUUUAGAUCCACCCAAUUUCGAUCAUGCCAUUCAAUUAUUAGCCGACAUUAAAGAUUGUUUCCCUCAAAUAAUUCCUUCGAGUAAUAAACGUGCCUUGGAACACAUUAAUGAAGUUCUUGAUGCAAGUGUUAUCCGUCAACAAGCCGAACAGGGUGUUCUUGAUUUUAAGUCUUAUGCUAAUUUUGUUAUAACCAUUAUGGCAAAGUCGUGUGCUCCAGCAAGAGAUGAACAAGUACAGAAACUCACUGAAAUUGAUGAUGUUGUGGAGACAUUUAAGGGAAUUCUAGAAACAAUGACCGUUAUGAAGUUAGAUAUGACUAAUUAUAUGUUAAAUUCAGCACGAAAUGAUAUUUUGGCAAAUUCCGUAGAAUAUGAAAAGGCCAAGUUUAAGGAGUAUUUGGAAUACUACAAAUUUGGAUUCCCAUGCACGGACAGUUGGUUGAGACGCAACCAAGUUCAAGCACAAACUGGAAACUUACUGAGCCCCGAUCAAACCAUCUACAAUGCAUACAUGGAAUUAAUGAAUUGGUCCGAUCCAGACACAUUUCCCGAAGUGCUUUCAGUCGAUAAGGAUCGAAUUUUGAAGUUAGGACAAAGGGCUAAACAAUUGUGUGCCAGUGCUUCAUUAAUAUCCAUCUGUUCAGCCAUUCCAAUUAUUUCCCAACGCACAGCUAAUCGCACAACUCUUGCUAAGCAGAUUGAAAUUCUGUUGCAAAGUGUGUCUAAUGAAAAGGAACUCUCUGAGGCAAUUAAAAAUAUUUGGGUUCACAUUAAGUCAUUCAUUAACACCAAACUUUCUGAAGAGGGUGAUAACGAAAUGGAUGCCACUGCCGAAAGUACACUUAAAACUCAAAUUCUCCAAAUUGGUAACACUGAUUCUCCAGUUUAUAAUUUACUAUGGAAACGUAUACAUACCUACUUUAGACUUGUGCUAGGUUCAAAGUCUGGUACACCUCCACCGCCACCUGGCUACACUGAUUAUCAAGAUGAAUUACAAGCAUUUGCUGUUGCCCUACGACGCGUAAUUCUCUACAAUCAUUCAGUAUUUGGUGAUUAUUUCCUUCAGGUGCUAACUAACCAACGACCGGGAGCAGGAACAUCCUCUUCAAAUUCCGAUUCACUGCCAAGUACAUCUGCUGCGAACCCCUCAACCGAGCCAUCUAGUCAAAAUAAAGACGAAGAAACGAAGAUGGAGUAGUUGCAUUUAGUUGUGCUAAUUGUGGAUGAUAAGUUUGGUUGGGGUUCAAGGCGAAAAAAAAACAAACAAAACAAAGAAGAAACCAGGCGAAAGUAGAAACAUACUCUGCCGAUGCUAAUCAUAUAACUGACCCACCCAGUAAAUGUAAGCAGUGUACGUUCUACGUAAAAAUAAGAAGGAUACUAAGAUACAACCCUGCCAUGCUUUUGGAGAGAUAAAUACCCGAAUGGUUGAGAUGUUAACAAAAAUUAUUUUGAAAUAUAUUCAAAAAAAAAAAAAAAAAAAACUGAAACAAAAUGAAAAAAUACAAUAAUUUAUGUGCUAAAAUAAAUAAAUUACUUUGAUAAACACAACACUAACAACGAACACAAUAUAUUAUUAUUUAUUUUCGCUCUACACUUUAUUUGCACCAACUUUUUUUUUUGUUACUAUAAGCAAGGAAACCUUUUAAGAGUGUGCGUGCAAUCAUGUUUAUUUUUUUUAUUAAGGGCAAGACUUAAAUUCUUCUUUUAAAUUGUUUUAGGCCAAGAAAACAUCUUUCAGGCAAUCAGAAAAGAGUGUUAGCUAAUCAAAAAAGCAAAUAAGAUCUUUUUGGAUGAUAUCGGUGAUAAGGUUAAUUGUCAAUCUUUUGAUAGUAGUUUUAAUGAUAACUCUUUUAUCCUUUCUUAAUCGACGAUUGUCCAUGGUUAGGUAUGGGAUCUUCUAAGGUGAUUGUUGGAAGUCAAUUUGUUGACAGGCGUCCUGACUUUUGUUCUGUCGAACGACUAUUUUUGUUUUACGCGAUACGAAUUCAAAUUUUUUCCAAAAAAUAUCGAAUGGAAUUAUAUUUCCCCCGGAUUAUUUAUUUUCCUCAAAACUUUGUGUAGUAUUGAACCAAAAUCUUUCUUUAAGUUUCAAAGUGAUCACAGUCUAAUUUCUAGAAUUUCCGUCGAUAUUCACAUUUCCAGUUUUCGAAAGAGGGAAACACGCAAAAUGUAUUCUCUUGAAAACUUAAGUUUAAUACUUUCAUUCAAUUUUUAAGCUUUAAUGAGAACCUUGUUUUCUACAAACUUUUCUGAAAAUCGAAAAGAAAUCUACUAAACCGAAAUUCGUAACAAAAGAUCUUUUUACUUUUAAGAAUUGUAAUUAAGGUUGUUAGAAGAAAAAUCACGCCGUUUUUUGUAUUAGAGAGGGUCCAAAAAGGGUUCAUUGUAUCCAAUAGUUACCUUGAACUUUAAAGUGAAACCGAAAACCUUUAAAUAAAAUUUGAAUUAGGCUUUUGCUGUUAAGAUUAAGUAAAGGACAUUAAAAAAAAUGUGAUUUUAGUUGGAAUUUUCUAUUAUAUCUGUUCAAGACUUUUAACUCAACAAUAUUUGUAUAUUUGGUCCACCCUAGGAAUCAUACCCAAACGCACAUUUACAUUGUUGUACGUACUUCUAAUAAAUAUAAUAAAUAGUAUAAAUCAUCUUGCCCUUAAAAAAUAGUUAUUUAAAAAUAAACUUAUGAACUUUAACCGUUUAGACAAUGUACCAAUCCCCCUCCAACCCCCAUAACCACCACAAUAAUUUGUGAUAUUUUCCUUUUAAAUUUAAGAAGAAACAAUAGAAUACAUUUAACACUACUAAUACUUUAAAUAUUAUAUUAUUAUUAAUUUAAUAAAUACGUACAUUAUGAAUAUGUACCUCAUUUAAUAAAUACUUAUAACCGUUUAUAAAUUAUAAGGUAAAAACAUUCAAUUGUGAUUUUUUUUAGACAUAUAUAAAUAAUCUUAUUAAUUAUUGUAAGGUGCAAUAAUAAGGAUAUUCAUAUCCCAUAAAAAUACAGCAAAUUAUUUUAUGAGAA